GCCAGUUCUUUAUAUCUUAGUCAUACCAUACAACAAACCCACUUGUGCUCCUCAUUUCAACUGACUGAUUUCCUGAAGAUUUUUUUUCCCUUCCGUGAAGAAGCACAAAAGCUGAUAAAACUUUCUUCUUGAAAUCCUAAUAUUUCUAUUUCGAGGGCUAGUUCUCGUAAUUUUGAAGCUACGGGAACUUUAAAAAUCAAAGAAGCCCAGUUAGAACAACAUUUGGAGAGGGAUAUAUUUCUUCUUUGGAGAAUGAAUGGGAAAAACUGUAGUAUUGAGAUCAAUAUACCGCAGGUUAGCAAAGUUGUUUUCCGUGAUGCCGAGAAGAACUCUGGCUUCUCAUGCAGAGGAUGGAUUAUGGAGGUCUGGAAAUUUUGCAAGGAAGAUACCAACAGAAUAAUAUUCGCUUUGAAAGUUGGCCUUGCUGUUCUUCUGGUUUCGCUGCUAAUUCUGAUCCGGGCUCCUUAUCAUGUCUUUGGAUCCAACAUUAUAUGGUCUAUCCUCACUGUGGCCAUCAUGUUCGACUAUACGGUUGGAUCCACAUUCAAUAGAGGAUUCAACCGAGCACUUGGAAGCCUGCUGGCAGGAGUUUUAGCAAUUGUUGUUGCUCAAAUAGCCUUAAGCACUGGUCCUGUUGCUGAGCCUAUUAUUAUUGGUGUCAGCAUCUUCCUAGUUGGGACUAUCACAUCCUUCAUGAAGUUAUGGCCUUCUCUUGCGCCAUAUGAGUAUGGUUUUCGCGUAAUACUCUUCACCUACUGCCUGAUCAUUGAUUCUGGAUAUCGAAUGGGGAAUCCAAUAAGAACAUCCAUGGAUCGGCUUUAUUCAAUAGCCAUUGGAGGGAUUGUAGCAGUCUCAGUGAAUGCACUAAUAUUUCCUAUUUGGGCUGGGAGCAGUUGCAUCAAGAACUUGUAACAAACUUUAAGUCAGUGGCUGACGCUCUUGAAGAAUGUGUUAAAAAGUAUCUAGAAGACGAUGGAUCAAAUCAUCCAGAGUUCUCAAGUACUGUGAUGGAUGACUUUCCAGAUGAGCCUGCAUACAAGAAAUGUCGAUCCACUUUGAGUUCUUCUGCUAAACUGGAAUCAUUGGCUAAUUCAGCCAAAUGGGAGCCGCCGCAUGGCA